UACGUGUAUACUUUUGAAGGUGUACAUGCAUUCUUUUAAAUAUAUAAGGACAUCCGAAGGCCUGCGUUUGAAUUGCCAUUGAGAGUACACAAGCAUCAACAUCUGUCAAGACAUAUGCCCUGUUCCGUAUAGUGUGAAAUUAAACUGUGCACAAGUUUGACAUACAUUUGAAAUAUCAAAACUUUGAUUUAGCAGUUUGGACAAUUUUCCUCGUUCAUUUGAUAUGGGCGGAUCCAUUCAAUAACACACACUGUCGACUGCAGGUGGCUGGUACUGGUUGCGUGUUUUGGAUUUGGCCGAACCAUUAGACCUACGCGUACGAUGGUGGAAAUACAUUGCGUCAUGGCGGAAAAGGCAGAAGAGGCAGCUUCUCAAAAUAUAUUGUGUCCUUUGUGCCUGGACGUGUUUGAUAAUGCUUCCAUGUUGAUAUGUGGACAUACGUUCUGCAAGCAGUGUUUAGAGAGGUAUGAUGCCGCCCAUCAAGAUCUUGAUCACAUGGUGUGUCCUCUCUGCAGGAAAGUCACCAAGUUGGAUGAAAGUCGAGUCACUGGUCUACCCACAAACUUCACCGUCAAGGGCUUGGUAGACGAGUACCACGGCUCACAUGGUGGGAUAAAUGCUGUUCUGGAGGGUCAGCCGAAGUGCACUGCUUGUGAGCGCCAGGGAGAUGCUGUAUCCUUCUGCUACGAGUGUGGCAAUUACAUGUGCGCCAAUUGUGACCAUGGUCAUAGUCAUCUGACAUCGUUCUUCAAGGGUCAUCAGGUUGUGUCCAUGAAAGACGUCGUGGAAGGAACUGCACAUAUCGGGCAAGUCACAGACAAGUGUUUGGUGCACAAGCCCGGCAAAAAGGAACUUUUCUGCGAAGAUUGCAAAGUAUAUAUAUGUCUGAUGUGCACCGUCCUUAAUCAUCGUGAUCACAAAAUCAAACAUCAGGCCGACCUCGAGAAAGAGAUACGGCAGAAAGUGGAUGACAUCAUCAAGCGCAGUAACGACCGAAAAAAUGAGUUUGAGAAACAUAUCCAGGACAUUGAAUCCAAACGCAAAGAAAUCGACACCGCUAUCCAAAAGCUGCAAGGUAACAUAAAAGAGGCGUUUACGGAAAAACUAGACAAACUGAAAGAGAAUGAACGAAUGCUUAUCACAGAAACACAGCUACUGCGAGAGAAUUGUGGCAAAGAACUGGAUGCCAUGAAGUCUGGUCAUCGACAGAAGAUCAAGGCUAUUUCAAGCUGUGUGAGCCUCGUGGCCAAAGGAAGGUUGAGACAUUUAGAGAAAGACAGUCUGACAGCACACUCAUUAAUCUCAAACGACCUGAAAGGUCUCUUGGAGGAAGCUAUUGAUGAGGCAUCUGUAACCGACUUAAUGAAACGUACUUCCAAGACGCUGUUUAUACCGGCAGGAGAUACACUACUUGAUCUUGGUCGUAUUUCAAGUCCUCGUAUGGCAAUAGGAAAAGUGGUUGACCUACCAUAUCCAAUGAGUGGCAUAACACGACUAUCUGAUGAUUCGAUUCUUGUUGGAUAUGGUAAAAGCAGGUGCGAUGCUGAUAAAGUGGAAAACAAUGGAAACGUGCAAAGCUGUCGACAAAAUAGUUUCCAUUUUUACGAUAUCGCCAUUCAAAGCAUUUCACAGAUUUUGGCACCUUUAAAUCGGGGACGAUUAAGUUUUUUCAGUGCUAAAGACUGGUCGAGGAGAUCAGACAAGGCAUUCUCAAAUGAUACAGGAUAUUCAUACCCAUAUUUAACUGUUAGCUCUGAGAAUGAAAUCAUAGCGGCGAACAGAAAUGAUCGAAUUCAUAUCCUUGAUCCUACUGUAAGCAGGAUAAAGCAUUCGAUUACAACAGUGGACAAAGCAAACCAAGCCCUUGCAACCAAGUCGGGCGUGAUCGUCUCAAGUUCUUGUUCCAAUACUCCCAGCGUAGUACGACUCUAUGACAGAGAUGGGAAAUCUGGUGAUCCUAUAGCAGCCAAAGAGGGGGAAUAUCUGUAUCCAGCAGUAGAUGAGGAAAACAGGGUGUUCAUUGCGAGUGUCAAUAAGCCAGCUGGUAGAAUACAAAUCACCCUCUACCUUCCUGAAGGUUUGAAGCUCAAGAAAGUGGUAGAAUUCGAGGAGCUUGAACUAACACUGAAUAGUGCUUGGUGUUACCUAGUUUCUCUAUCCCGUAAUAAACUUGCAUUCGCUUGUGAUACAAAGGUGUAUUUCCUUACUUUUUCACCUGGAAUAGUUCCUGUUGCUGCAGAAUAACCAGAGACGAAAAGUCUGAGUUGUUUUUAAGUUUGUUUCCCCACUUGAUAACAGUUCUCAUGUCAUCUGAAAGUAUUAUUUUCCCUCUAGAUGCUAGGUAUAAUAUACACGUGUAACACAUUAGUACAAAAUAUUAAAUGUGUGACCAUUAUGUUGGUGUUUAUUAGAUUAGUCCUGUAAGUACAAGAAAAUAUAUUUAUAUUCAACAAUUUAAAGGUCAUUGCAAUUUCAAUUAGUUUACAUCUGUUCUGUAUCCCCCCAAAGAUUGCGUAAAAUACCCCGCCUUCAUAAUGAUAUCCCUAAAAUGGACACUCGACAAGUUCAAAGCUGUUCGAUAUCAAAAAUAAUCAUGUCAAAUCUUAUGAAUGUAAUAGUAGUCAAUGGUUCAUGUGUACAUGUGCUCCAUAGAAUGUACUACCAGUAUACUACACAAUUCUGUGCAUGUCAUUACUUGGAAACCAUUUGUUGUUUGUGUAAGUUUGAGUAAUUGAGUUAUAUGAUUAUUUCCUGUAUAUUUUUGAUAAUUACACAAUCGUUCAACGUUAAAACAAACCAAUUUGUUUCCCCUCUAUUCAAUGAUUGUUAUUAAUGAUUGAUUUGUCAUAAAUUACCUUGGAAAUUGAACGAGGUCGACCUUGGCUACCUUUUACUAUUUGUUGGCUCUGUCUAUUGACCCAAAUGUCUUUAGUAGUUGUUAGUUGUUACAGAGAAAUUCAACAAGUAGUUUGUGAUGCGUGUGAUGCCUUGAUGUUUUGUUCAGCAGCUGCGUUUUGUAAAUCCAUGUACUAUUAUACACUGCAGUUAUUGUUUUGCAGUUGUCCAAAUUCUAUUCUGUGUAUUUUCAUUGAUGGUUGUGUACAUUGCAUUUUAAAAGAAUGGAAUGGACUGUAGUCAAUUUGAACUUAUUUUGUAACCUCAAUUUACUGCUUCGGGAAGCUCACUUUUAAAAACAGACCAAGGAAAGAUAAUCAUGCACUCCCAAUCAUAAUUUUGUAGAGCUGCAAUUAUUUGUAAAUAAUAUGCAUAAACCUACUCUGGUCUCUUCAAAAGAUGAUGUUGACAUGAUUGAACACCUUUACAUGUAUUAGCCAGUGUUGGGUUGAACUUGAGUGGUAAUGAGGGCCAAGUGUUUAAAGGUUAAUGGGAGAUUCGCAGAUACAUGUACAUGUAGGAUAAAACUGUCGGUUUGAGUUGAUUUCAAAUCAUAGGAUAGGAAGGGAGAAUCCGUUCCUGUAUGUUCAAUUGCAAUCAAAGUAUGUUAUUAAAUGAUCAACAAGCAUACACUAUAAUAA